UUCUGCUUCACCGGCACCUGUACCUGCACGGACGCUUUCCACCCAGCAGAGCGGACACCGACGGUGACGGUUGCUCCGCUUGUCAUGGCCUACCCGGGAUACGGAGGAGGGUUUGGAAAUUUUAGUGGUCAGAUGCCUGGAAUGCAGAUGCCAAUGGGACAGCCAUUGCCAGGAAUAGGGCCACAUGUGCCCCCUGGUGGCUACCCCGGAUACCCGGAUUAUUCAGAUAGUUAUGCCUCAGCGGAAGAUCCCAUGUGGAGGUACUUUACUGCUGUUGCUGGACAGGACGGUGAAGUGGAUGCAGAAGAACUUCAGAAAUGUUUGACACAGUCUGGAAUCAGUGGAACUUACUCUCCCUUCAGUUUGGAAACCUGCAGAAUUAUGAUUGCCAUGUUGGAUAGAGAUUAUACAGGAAAAAUGGGAUUCAAUGAAUUCAAAGAACUUUGGACAGUUCUUAAUGCCUGGAAGGAAAACUUCAUAUCUAUUGAUCAAGACAGAAGUGGCACAGUAGAGCAUCAUGAAUUGAAUCAAGCCAUUGCUGCUAUGGGUUAUAGGUUGAGUCCUCAAACAUUAACUGCUAUUGUUAAGCGUUAUAGCAAGAAUGGGAGGAUCUUCUUUGACGAUUAUGUUGCUUGCUGUGUGAAGCUUCGAGCACUGACAGAUUUCUUUAGGAGAAGAGACCACUUACAACAAGGGGUUGUGAAUUUCAUAUAUGAUGAUUUUUUGCAGGGCACUAUGACAAUUUGAAUGCCUAGAAUUUGGAAGCUGAAGAAAUACUGUGAAUAUUUCUGAUUGGAAGAAAUAAACUGGACUACUUUGAAUUCAGGCUUUUGGUGGGGCUUUUCCAUGUUUCUAUAUGUUAAAUCUCUUCCCUUCAUACUAUAUAUACACAUAUAUGUGUGUGUGUGUAUAUAUAUAUAUGUGUGUAUGGCGCUUUAAUUUGUUAUGAAUAAAAUAAUGUGUUUUUAUUUUAGCACACAAUUCAAAACAAUAAGAGAUGUUUUUGUAUUUGGGAUGUUUCUGCUUUUAGAAAAGUUAUUACUUUAUGGAUAUCUGUAUAAUGUCAUCAAGUAUUGCUGUAUGAUUAAUUGAUGUAAAUAUCUCUCAGCCUUAAUUUUUAACAAUAUAAACUGGAGGAAUGUAUUUAUAAGCUAGAUUAUAUAAGAAGCCAAAUGAUAAAAGCCUAGAUAAAACUAAUUUAUACUUACCUGAAGGUUAUGAAUUUUACUUUCAAAUUUCAUUGGUAUUUGAAGGUAAGCUAGAAGGGCAAUCCUGGAUUUUGUGCCAUAUUCAUA